AUGUUCUGCUUGUUGCCCCCUAGUCGACGCAUCCUCUGUCUUCAGCAACCGCAAGCAUUCCGCAAUUUGUCUACAACAAUCAGAAAGCUACGAAACACGAGCACGUCUCAGCUUUUGCUUGACUCCGGGAAAAAGAAAAGGACGCGAAAAGCAUCUCUGAAAGGAAACUCAGAUCACGAUGGCGUUCAGAACGUGUCUACGGAGACGAGCGAAAAAGAAGUUACCUUGAAAUCACUGGACCCAACGUCUCUUAUUUCCAGUUCAGAUCCAUCGACCAAGAAAAAAAGAAAGAAAAAAGAGACAUUAGAAUCUCCGAAAUUGACCUCCGAAAAAACUCGCACCAAAAAAGACAUCUCAAAGGAAACUGAACCAGAUAUUCCCAUACCCGUCAAAAAGCCCAGAAGGAAGAAAGAGAAGCUAGUAUACCCCGAUUCAUCAAGUCUGAAUCACCUUGACCUCUCAACCUUUUUGGAAUACGCAACCCGAACAGGGAUGAGUCAAACAAGUACCACCUAUGUUGGCACUCACUACGAGUACAUUGUACAAAUCGCUUGCGAGCAGCAUCUAGGGAUGUCCCUCAAAAGGAUUGGAGGAAAAUCAGAUUAUGGUAUUGAUCUCCUUGGGACCUGGAAGUUACCAACAGCAAAGCGACACUUCAGAGUUCUCGUACAGUGCAAAGCCCUUGGGGCUAAGGUUCAACCAGCGGUCGUAAGAGAGCUCGAAGGAGCUUUCGUUGGGGCACCUCCCGGUUGGAGAGACCCUGAUGUUCUUGGUUUCUUAGUCACGCAAAGACCAGCGACUAAAGGCGUCCGGGAGGCUCUUGGAAGAAGUAGAUGGCCGAUGGGUUAUGUUCUCUGUGAGAGUGAUGGGUCCAUUCUGCAAAUUCUUUGGAAUCGAAGAGCUGCCGAGGUUGGUUUGGAUGGCGUUGAAGUGCAGACGAGAUAUCUUGGUGGUGAACAAACCCGACGGGAGGCUCUAUUGAGUUGGAAAGGGAAGCCGAUCCGUGGUUAG